AUGGCAACAUGUCGCUUGGAAUUGAUGGGCGUGUAUGACUACACAAGGCAUGCAGCCACUGUGCUGCAGAAGGCUCAGAAGACCGGUGUCUUGUCUGGCCUGAAUAUCCCCAACAAGAAGCCUGGAGAACCAUUGUUGGAGUGGGCCAGGAUUCUGCGUUCUGAGCUGCCCUCUGUGGAAGUGACCGUGCAUUACAGUCUCAAGCACCAGAGCAGGAAGAAUCCUGCGGAGGCCUUCAGGGAAUGGUGCCAUGAAGCUGCAUCCAUAGGUGUCCGGAGAGUACUUCUGGUGACAGGCCCUCGUGGCCCCCGGCAAGACACAGUGAGUGUCCUCAGCCGAUUGGGCCGAUCAGUUGAUGGCUUACGUCUGGGAGUUGCCUUCAACGCAUGCCUUCCAACAGAAGCUGAAAGAGAAGCGGAGCGACAGCGUUUAGUUCAGAAGCUGCGCACAGGAUUGGUGCAUGACAUUUGGCUGAACACUGGCGUGGAUGAAGACCUUCUGCGAAGUGGCAUCGCAUUUGUGAAGAGCACUUGCGACAAGCUUGGUGUCAAACCUGACAUGUUCGCGUCCGCUAUGCUUCCCAGCGAGGGACAGCUGCAGCAGAUGCGCGAACGGCCGUGGAACGGUGUUCAGUUCAGCGAGGAGUUCUUGAGCUCCGUGGAAGGGAUGGGCUCGGCAACAAGCAGAGCCCUUGGCGUUUUCCGGGAGACAGGAGUGGAACCCAUCAUUGAGACCCGAUCAUCGUUGAACAAUGUUUUGGCACAUUUAUGCAAGUCUUGA